AUGGACACGAGAAGAGGAGAACUAAAGGCUAUCAACUUAAUUAAUCCAAAGAUGAGACGCCUACCACUGCUACCGGCUCUCAGGAUCUGGUUCUUUUUAUUUGCAUCCACUGCAGCGAAGGCAAGAAUUACCCCGUCGUCGUCACUGCUGGACUCCGACGACGCGGCGGCGUUACUGGAUUUCAAGGAAAAGCUCGGUGGCGGUGGCACCUCACUGUUGUCAUGGAACGGAAGCACCCAUUUUUGCACGUGGCAGGGAGUGACUUGCGGCCGUAGACACCCAGAGAGAGUCACGGGCGUAGACCUGAGUGCCGGUGGCCUGGUGGGCCCCAUCUCUCCCUCCAUCGGCAACCUCUCCUUUCUUCGAAGCCUCAACCUUUCCUCGAACGCACUCUACGGCGAGAUCCCAUCCUCCGUCAGCCACCUGCGCCACCUGAGCUAUCUCGACCUCUAUUUCAACUCCAUCUCCGGCGAGAUCCCUUCUGGGUUGGGAAAUUGCUCGGAGCUAAGAUCCAUCAACCUAUGUAACAACCAGCUCGUGGGUGGGAUCCCGCCAGGGAUCGGCUUUCUCACUAGGCUUGAAGCUCUGGACCUCCGCAACAACAGCAUCACGGGAGUCAUACCUUCCUCGCUCACCAAUGCCUCAUCCCUCACCGCGCUGAAACUUUCCUUCAACCACAUAGAAGACGUCAUACCUGAACGCAUCGGCCACCUUGCUCAACUCCAGUUCCUUCAAGUUUCCAGGAACAACCUCUCCGGUAUCGUCCCUACUUCAUUCUAUAAUCUGACCUCUCUGAGUGUCUUCUCUGUGGCGGAAAACCAAUUGCACGGGGAACUUCCAGCUGACUUCGGAAGCAAACUCCGCAAUCUUAAAAGCCUCCUUUUGGACAACAAUCAAUUCACCGGACCAAUUCCGGCUUCCAUCACGAACUGCUCUAUCCUCGAAAAGUUUGAUGUCAGCUACAACAAUUUCAACGGCCGCAUGCCUCCAAACACGGGAAGAUUAACAGCACUAACGUUGUUCAGCAUCGGCGGAAACCAGAUAGAAGCCCAAACCGCCGAUGAUUGGGAUUUCUUUGCUUCGUUGGCUAAUUGUUCUGAGUUAAAGCAAGUCUACGUCUUCCGUAACAACUUGGGCGGGGUGCUGCCGCCUGCCGUUGCUAACUUCUCCGAUACACUGCAACAUCUGACAAUGGAUAAGAAUGCAAUCUCCGGGAGCAUACCAUCAGGGAUCGGCAACCUAGUGGGAUUGGAAGAGCUCAUGCUGGGGGAGAACCAUCUCAUCGGCGGCAUCCCAGAAGAAAUUGGUCAUCUAAAGCAACUGAUGUACCUGAGCUUGCUUGACAACCUCCUCUCUGGCCCACUACCUUCCUCUCUCGGCAAUCUCACACAACUGAAUUUCCUCGUUUUGGCCUACAACGCAUUGCAAGGCCCAAUUCCAGCAACACUUGGAAGCCUACAAAGCAUGAAUGUGUUGUCGUUGUCCAACAAUUUCUUCGACGGCGUCAUUCCAAAGGAACUUGUCAGUUUACCUUUUAUGUCGAAUUUCUUUGAUUUGGGAUAUAAUUUACUCACAGGAUCGCUGCCUUUGGAGGUCGGAAACUUAAAGAAUGUGAGAAAUUUCUUUGUGUCUGGAAAUAGAUUACAAGGAGAAAUACCAAGCACGCUUGGCGAAUGUGAGGUACUCGAGAACUUGGGCUUGGAUGACAACUCAUUCCAAGGUAGUAUCCCUUCCACUCUUGGUAAGAUAGUAGGACUCAAAGCCGUUAACCUUACGAACAAUAACUUGUCUGGUGAGAUUCCCCAAACAUUGAGAUUCAUAACUGGUCUCGAGCAGUUGUAUCUUUCGCACAACAAUUUGUCAGGUGCCAUCCCACAAUUCUUACAAGAUUUUAGCUUUUUAUUUGCAAUCGAUCUCUCUUUCAAUCGCCUGGAGGGUGCGGUGCCAACGAAAGGUAUCUUCCAGAACAUCACUGGCAUGAGAAUUGAUGGGAACAAUGGGCUUUGUGGCGGAGUCCAAGAUCUUCACCUACCUGCAUGUCCCACGCAACAUCCUAAAAGAAAAAGAUCCAAAUUGUUUCCUCUUCUGAUUGCUAUGCCUAUUCUUUUCCUCGCCUUGCUAUUGGUAAUCUCUCUUGUUUGUUGUAGGAAGAACAGAAAAAAGCCAUCGGCAAUAUCUUAUCCCAUAGGCACACCGUAUCCUACGAUUUCAUACGCCGAAUUGUCAAGAUCCACUGCUGGAUUCGAUUCUGCUAAUCUAAUCGGUAGAGGACGGUAUGGCUCAGUAUACAAAGCCACUAUUGAUUCCGAGAACAGAAUUGUUGCGGUCAAGGUAUUUGACCUCCAGCAAUCAGGCUCCUCCCGGAGUUUCUUAGCAGAAUGCGAGGCUUUAAGCCGCAUCCGCCACCGGAACCUUGUCAAGGUCGUAACUUGUUGCUCUAGCAUCGACUCCAAUGGCGAUGACUUCAAAGCAUUAGUCUUCGACUUCAUGCCUAACAAGAGCUUAGAUAGGUGGUUGCACCCCCACCUCGAAGACGACAGUAGAGAGCAUGGAGAAGUAAGCAAUUUGAGCCUGGUACAGAGGUUGAGCAUUGCUAUCGAUGUUGCUGAAGCAUUGGAUUAUCUUCAUAAUCAUUCCAACCCACCCAUCGUCCACUGCGAUCUGAAGCCGAGCAACAUUCUUCUGGACGAGGAUAUGGUGGCCCAUGUUGGGGACUUUGGUCUUGCUAAGCUUCUUCCUGAAGCGAUUAGCAAGUCUUUGGCUAACUCAACCAAUUCAAUUGGAUUGAGGGGAUCUAUUGGCUACGUUCCUCCAGAGUAUGGCGAAGGCAGUCCUGUUUCCACGAGUGGUGAUGUCUACAGUUUCGGGGUGCUUCUAUUGGAGUUACUCACUGGGAAGAGCCCCGUCGAUGACAUGUUUAAGGAAGGACUAACUCUGAUCAGGUUUGUGGAGAUGCGAGGAGCCAUGGAGAUUGCUGAUCCAUCUUUGCUUUUGUGCGAUAAUGCGGUGAUCAAUUGGUGGGACAUUGUCGAAGAGUGUUCGACUUCCCUUUCAAGGAUCAGUUUCGCAUGUACCAAGCAGACACCACGAGAUCGAAUGUCCGCGGGAGCUGUUGUCGCCGAGCUGCAUGCGAUCAAGGAGGAGUUUGUCAAAAAGACCAAGAUCAAUGAAGAACAAAAUCGUUAGGAGAAAUUAAGUAAUACCACUACAAUAUUCAAUAAACAUUCAGAAGUUAUCUCCGUUCUGUUGACUAGGAGUUUGUAAUAAGUUUUCGGUGAAUGAAGCCAGCGGUUAUGGGAGAGACUGGAGAGGAGUUUAAAGCACAUGUGUCUUGCUUUGUUAUUGAUUUAAAUAUACAUUUACGGUUUACCAUA